AUGGCUGGCGACCCCACACAAGCAGAAGAGGAUAAGCCUCCGAAGAUGACUCUGGAGCAGGCGCAGGAGCACGUUGAGUACGAUCUCUCGAUGAAGAUGGUGCCUUUCCUGGACAGACAUCUCAUCUUCCCAGUCUUCAACUUCCUGCAGGAGACUGGCCUGUACAACCAGACCGCUAUCCAGCGAGCGCAGCUGACGCUGCUCGCGGAAACGAACAUGAUCGACUGGGCCCUGGAGACUUACACCAUGAUCGGAGAAGAGCAACCGCAGGAACUCAUCGACAGGCGAGACUUGGUGCUACAGCAGCUAGAGCUGUCGCGCGAGAAGGUUCUGCCGCUGCUAGAAAUUCUGGAGGAAGAGGAGCAGGUGGAGAAGGUGGCGAAGUGCAAGACGAUCGAGGAGCUGUGCACCACCUUCGGCCUCGACCCGUCUGUGAUCGACGGACUUGUGCACUAUGCAAAGUUGCAGUACGACUGCGGGAACUACACCUUGAGUGGUGAGCUCCUCAAGCACUACAGGAGGAUGAUCUCCCAGGACGCCGAACGCCCAGUCAUGACCUCCAAACAGGUCAGUUGCAUUUGGGGCACACUGGCGUCCUUCAUCUUGAAUCGUGAAUUUGAGGAG